AUGGCAAAAUGUACCAGCAAUGAACCACUUGCUAUUGUGCACGAAUACUUUCAAGCCAGUGAUUUUAUCAUCGGUGGCAUCACAUCUCUUAUCACCAUCCCUACAGUUCCUCCUACCUUUGGUGAAGAUCCUCACUAUUCAUUUAAUGAUGACUUUCUCAGCAUUCUUACCAAGUACUAUCAACAUAUCUUGGCUCUGAUAUUUGCUGUGAAGGAGGUCAAUGAAACACCUCAUAUCUUACCGAACAUCACUCUAGGAUUCAGAAUCUAUGAUAACUAUGCUGGAACAUAUACGUCAUAUGCCACAAUGAAACUUUUCUCCAGGCAGAAGAAAUUUAUCCCCAAUUUUAAGUGUGAGAUCCAGAACAAACUCAUUUCAGUCAUCGGAGCACUUUAUUCUGGAAUCUCUUUCAAGAUGGCACGUGUUUUGAGCAUCUACAAAGUUCCACAGAUCACAUAUGGUUCUCCUCUGCAUAAAAAUGAGGGCUCUGAACCACAUUCUUUCUAUCAGAUGGCCCCAAAUGAAGCCCACCAAUACACGGCAAUUGUCCAGCUUUUUUUGCACUUCAGAUGGACAUGGAUUGGAAUACUAUUUAAAGAGGAAGAUGGAGAAAGAUUUGUGCGUACUAUUUCCUCCAUGUUUUCUCCUCAUAGAAUCUGUCUUGCUUUCUUGAAAAGACUUAAGCCAUUUUAUCUAGGUACCAUUCUUGAUGACCUGGAUUGGCUAGUGGAAAUGUACCUUUUCUUGAUGAGAAGUAAUGCCAAUGUUGUGAUAAUUUAUGAAAGAAAUAUGAUGAUUUUGAGAAUGUUACUUUAUCUGCCACAAAUGGAAUUAGUGCCUAAGGAACCAAAAGGGAAAGUGUGGAUCAUGGUGGCUCAGAGUGAUCUUGCAUCAUAUUUCUAUCAAAGGAAGUGGGAUAUCCAAGUAUUUUAUGGUGCUCUGUCCUUCACUGUUCAUUCAAAUGAGGUUCCAGGUUUCCGACAGUUUCUUCAGACUGUAAAUCCUUUAUCAAGAGAUGAUGGUUUUAUCAAAAAUGUAUGGGCAUAUGCAUUUGCUUGUGUGUUUCCCAAACUGCUUCCAACUGAGAAAACCAAUGAUCCCUGCAGUGGGCAGGAAAAGUUGGAGACACUUCCUGGAGCUUUUUUUGAAAUGACUAUGAGUAGUUAUAGCUAUGGUGUAUACAAUGCAGUCUAUGCAAUAGCACAUGCUACACAGGCCAUGUGGUCACACCAUUUCAGACAGAGAAAAACCCUAAAUAGAGGAAAAUCAUUUCUUCAAGAUCUACAGCCAUGGAAGCUCCACUCUUUCUUGAAAAAAAUCGUAUUUAACAAUAGUGCAGGUGAUCAGAUUUCUUUUGAUCAGAAUAGAGAAUUGGAAUGUGGAUUUGAUAUUGUAAACUGGGUCACAUUCCCAAACCAAUCUAUUCAUCAUGUCAAAGUCGGAAAGCUAAUACCUUGGGCUUUUUCAAGCAAGAUCUUUACCAUCCAUGAUGAUGCCCUUACUUGGCACAGCAGUUUUAACCAGACCCUGCCCACUUCGUCAUGUACAGAGAGCUGUCUCCCUGGUUAUUUCAAACAAAAGCAAGAAGGAAAGCAGUUUUGCUGCUAUGAUUGCUUCCUGUGUCCUGAAGGGAGAAUUUCAAGCCAGCAUGACACAGAUGCCUGCUCUGAAUGCCCACAAGAUCAAUAUACAAGCAAGAAGCGUGACUCAUGCAUUAGGAAGACAAUGACCUUUCUGUCCUUUGAUGAUCCUUUGGGAAUGAGCUUAGCUAUAUUAGCCAUUUCCUUUUCUCUCUUCACUCUUUUAGUACUAGUAACAUUUGUGAAACAUCACAACACCCCCAUUGUCAAAGCCAACAACCGGGAUCUCACCUACAUGCUCCUUGUGUCUCUAUUGCUCUGCUUCCUCUGUACAUUUCAGUUCCUCAUUCCACCUGGGAACAUAAUUUGUCUCUUCCGACAAAUGAGCUUUGCCAUUGUCUUCUCUAUGGCUGUAUCUUGUGUGUUGGCCAAAACCAUUAUUGUGCCUUUAGCAUUCAUGGCCACCAAACCAGGAUCCAGGGUACGGAAGUGGGUGGGGAGGAAACUGGCCAUCUCCAUUGUCCUUUCUUGUUCCCUUAUUCAGGAAGCCAUUUGUACAAUUUGGUUGGCAACAUUUCCUCCCUUCCCAGAAAUGGACCUACAUUCAGAAACUACAGAAGUUAUAUUACAAUGCAAAGAAGGCUCAGUAACUAUGUUUUACUCUGUCUUGGGUUACAUGGGCUUCCUGGCAAUUUCCAGUUUUACAGUGGCUUUUCUUUCUAGGAAUCUCCCCAGCAGUUUCAAUGAAGCAAAAUUUAUCACUUUCAGCAUGUUGAUCUUUUGUAGUGUUUGGAUAUCUUUCGUUCCAAGCUAUUUGAGUACCAAGGGGAAAUACAUGGUAGCUGUGGAAAUAUUUUCCAUCUUGACCUCAAGUGCUGCACUACUGGGUUGCAUCUUUUUCCCAAAAUGUUUCUUAAUUUUUCUGAGGCCACACUUAAAUGUCAGGGAAGAGUUCAUAAGAAAAAAACUUUGA